AUGCAUUUUUUUUUGUUUUUUUUUUUUUUCAGAAAUAGAUCUCGAAGUCAACAAUCUGUUAGUUCGACUAAAACUCAAAUUAGAGAGACACCAGUCAUGUCUCAAGGAACUGAUGAAAGAAUAACUUUAGUAGUUGAUAAUACAAGAUUUGUAUUAGACAGAUCCCUUUUUACAGCUCAUCCGAAUACAAUGUUAGGACGUAUGUUUAGUUCAGGAAUAGAAUUCACUCACCGUAACGAUAGGGGAGAAUAUGAAGUAGCUGAUGGAAUAUCUGCUACUGUUUUUAGAUCUAUUUUAGAUUUUUAUAAAGGUAGAGUUAUUAAAUGUCCACCUACAGUGUCUGUUCAAGAAUUAAGAGAGGCAUGUGACUAUCUAUUAGUACCAUUCGAUAUUAAUACAGUACGUUGCCAUAACUUAAGGGGUCUUCUUCACGAGUUGUCAAAUGAAGGAGCGAGGCAACAAUUCGAAGUGUUCUUAGAAGAACUUAUUUUUCCCCUAAUGGUUAAUUCAGCACAGAGGGGUGAUAGAGAAUGCCAUGUUGUCAAUUUACUCGAUGAUGAUGUCGUGGAUUGGGAUGAAGAGUAUCCUCCACAAAUGGGAGAAGAAUAUUCACAGACUGUCAACAGCACAGCCAUGUAUAGGUUUUUUAAAUACAUUGAAAACAGAGAUGUGGCUAAACAAGUAAUGAAAGAUAGAGGAUUAAAAAAAAUUCGUCUUGGAAUUGAGGGAUAUCCGACACAUAAAGAGAAAGUUAAGAAAAGAGCAGGAGGUAGAGCUGAAGUGAUAUAUAAUUAUGUUCAACGUCCUUUUAUUCACAUGUCAUGGGAAAAGGAAGAAGCUAAAAGCAGACAUGUCGAUUUUCAGUGCGUUAAAUCAAAAUCCGUUACAAAUUUAGCUGAAGCAACGGCUGAUCCCGCUUUAGAAUUAGAUGCUGGAGGAAAUCCUAUUAAUCAGUCUGCAGGUGAGCCACAAGGUCGGGAAGACCUCAAUGCCGGUGGUAUAAAUAAUUUAAUUAUUAAUCCCGAUCAGCCACCUCCAGAUGAUCAACAUUAG